UAUUCUGCCAGACGUUCCCGCAGUGUUGACUUGAUUUAAUAGACUUUAUUGAGGUCAAUACAUCCUGUUCUACCGACUGGAUCUGGUCCUACGAUUAUAGUCUGGCUUUAUUAAGGGUGAAGUGUUUAGUAUAGCCUGUUCUUUAGAUACUACUUUUUGUAAACGUUUAUAUUGACUACUUUGUAUUGAAUAUAUAGCUAUCUCGGAACCACCGUUGCUCUGAAAUGACUUGGACGGUGAACGGUUGCUUGGUCGCCUUGGCCAUCUUGUUCGCCUGGCGGGUGGAAGACUUUGCAGAAGCCUGCAGCUGCUCGCCCGCUCAUCCGCAGCAGGCGUUCUGCAGCUCGGACGUCGUUAUUAGAGCAAAGGUCAUCGCCAUGAACAAGGUCGAUGUUGGCAACGACGUCUACGGGAAUCCAGUGAAACAAGUCAAGUAUGACGUCAAGCUGAUCAAGAUGUUCAAAGGGCCAGUCAUGGAUAUUGAGGCCAUCUACACAGCCCCCAUCUCUGCUCUAUGUGGAGUGACUCUGGACAUUGAAGGCCAGAUGGAGUACCUUAUAACAGGUAAACUGGAGAGCGACGGCAACGUGCACGUGACCCUGUGUGACUUCAUCGAGCCUUGGGAUGCCAUGAGCCCCAUCCAGAAGAAGAGCCUGCCUGAGAGAUACCACAUGGGCUGCGACUGCAAGAUCGUCCGCUGUGAGACCCUCCCCUGCGCGCUGCACGCUGACAACGAGUGCCUGUGGACCGACUGGGUUCUGGAGAACUACAUCAGCGGCCCCCAGGCGCAGCACUUCGCCUGCAUCCAGCGGAGGGACGGCUCCUGCGCCUGGUACCGGGGAGCGGCCCAGCCCAAGAAGGACUUCCUGGACAUCGAGGAACCCUAACCCGCUCGUCUUGGACGCCGACACACACUCAACGGGCCUGCCACCUAGAAAAUACUUAUGUUUCCACCAGUAUGUUUUUGUUUCUCUCACUCUCUUGUUUUGAUGGCGUCGUAGGAAGAUAUUGUAGUAUUGUCCGGGUUAGAAAUGUGUGCUUUUGUAAUUUUUUGGGAUGCUUGUGGGUUCUUUUUGUAAGCUAAAUAAAGUUAAAUAGAAAAAGGAAAUCCAGAUACAAAACAUAAUGCUCAAAGCAUGGUUUCUGUUAACCACUUUUGAAGAACUUAUUUCAAGAAUUUGAAUCUGAAACAGAAGUGAUGCAAUUGUAUGCAAUUCAGUUAGGACCAAAGAUAUUUAGAUAAAUGCAUAUCAGGUCAUUUUAGCAUACAAAUGAUGUGAAUCAAACUUAGACAUAAUUCAAUUAUGAUUGUAAUGCUAAAUAAUUAAAUGGUAAAUAAACUGGCCUGCAUUCUCUUCAAGGUUUUAGCAGGGCUAAAUGACACAAAUAAAUUGGAAACUAAAAUAAUUAUGUUUCUCCUGUUUGGAAAUAUAAGGAUCUCUACUGUGAUAUAUGAAAUUAACUUGAUGCAAAAAAAUAAAUUCCCUGUAGGGUAAUGUCUGUAUUAAUCUAAACAUUAUAAUUGUCCGUCAGUGCAGGAAUGCCCGGUGUUUAUGCCAAUGUUUUAUUGGGAUUUCCUUCCUUUUUCCAUUUUUCCUACAAACACAUAAUGCACUUUAACCACGGUGGCAAAUAGAAGUUUCUGAGAUCAGAGAUUCUGAUUAAUCUGUCUCCAUUUAGUAUUUUUGUUUCAUUACACGCGUCAUAUGCAUGUAACGUGUGAUUUCACAUUUCUUUGUUAAAAAAGGCUUUACUAUAGGCCUACGAUUCGUUUAGUGGAAUGGUGUCUUAACACUUUUAAAAGUUUAAAAGCAACGAUUUCGGAGAACAGUCUACGUGAACAGAAGCCUAAAUGUAAAUGUUUCACAUUAAUUUACAUACGUGUAAUAUAGUUUUUUUUUACCUCUUUAUUAUAACAUGUAAAAACAUUGGACAAUUGAACUGUGCUGGUUUCACAUGAUAUCUUUUAAGAGCAGGCAGUGAUUGCAUGCAUGUCUGUUAAUAACUUAAAUAAUACUUUCAAUAAAAAAUAACCUUCACAUUG